CUUCACGACAUGCCGAAUUGUCCGUUCUUCAGGCGGAAAACUCGGUGGCGAGUACCCCGGAUUGACAGGAGAGAAAAAGCGUCCCCGCCGCAAGCCUGGAAGCUCGCCAUGCGGAGAAGCGCGAGAGGUAUUUUACGUGCGCAGCUAAAAGUCGUGGUCAAGUCGCGUCUUGACUCUUGUUUUCUUGCUCCUCCUCCUCCUCCUCCUCCGUCUCCCUCUCGAAGUCCCUUUCUUGCGCGCGCAUUUUGUCGUGAUAGCUUCACGAAUCUACGUCAUCAGACCCUGGACAGAGACUGAACCCACCACUGCGGGGUACUGAACUACUGCUACUGCGAGUCUGCGACAGCUUCGCGACCCGAGUCUGCCUUCAUCACCAUCACGAGCGUCGUCACAUACUAGCAUUUCGUUCAGCACAGCACCGCCAACAUGGCCGUCCCAACUGCCAAUGCCCUCGCCGACAUGUACCCCGAGGCCGCCCUCGCGGAGCAGGCGCCUCGGUGGAACACGCUCCUCGAGUCGUUCUCGUCGGCCUUUGGCCACAAGCCAUCUUUUGUCGCGCGCUCGCCCGGCCGAGUGAACAUUAUCGGCGAGCACAUUGACUACUCGCUCUACUCGGUGCUGCCCAUGGCCAUCGAGGCGGACGCACUGCUCGCGGCCUCGUCGUCACCCGCGCAGAAGGACGGCGUCUUCCAGAUCAAGAUCCGCAACGUCCAGGAUGCCAAGUUCCCCGGGCAGACGUUCGAGGUCGACGCCAAGGGGGACGUGCCGAUUGACUCGACCAAGUUUGAGUGGACCAACUACUUCAAGAGCGGCCUGCGGGGCGCGCUGGAGCUGCUGCGGAAGAAGAAGGGCGCCGACUUUGCGCCCGUGGACAUGGAGAUUGUCAUGGACGGCUCGGUGCCGGUGGGUGGUGGCCUGAGCUCGAGCGCGGCGUUUGUGAGCGCGAGUGCGCUGGCGGUCAUGGUUGCCAACGGCGAGACGGCCGUGGACAAGACGGAGCUGACCGAGGUGGCUAUUGUCAGCGAGCGCGCGGUGGGCGUCAACUCGGGCGGCAUGGACCAGUCCGCCUCGGUCCUCUCCGAGCAGGGCGCCGCCCUCUUUGUCGAGUUCAGCCCCAAGCUCAAGGCGCGGCCGAUCCAUUUCCCCCCAACGCACCCAGAGCUCUGCUUUGUCAUUGCGCAGUCGUUUGUCACGUCCAACAAGCACGUCACGGGGCCCAUCCACUACAACCUGCGCGUCGUCGAGUGCAGCAUGGCCGCGGCGUACCUCCACGCGGUCCUCAACCCGCCGGGCACGUCGCUGCCCACCGACGCGGGGCCUUUGGGCGUCAGCCUGCAGGGGUUCCACGAGACCUACUUCUACCACCAGGGCGGCGACGCGAGCGCGCCCCGGAGCGUCACCAAGGAGGAGGAGCUGACGAGGUUGAUCCAGUUGGUCAAGGACACGUUCACUCAGGAGGACGGCUACACGCGCGAGGAGAUUGCGUCGACGCUGGGCGUCACGGCGGCCGAGCUCGAGGCGCGCUUCACGUCCACGUUCCCCGUCCGCGCGGACCGGUUCAAGCUCCGGCAGCGGGCGCUGCACGUCUUCUCCGAGGCGUUGCGGGUGCUGCAGUUCCUGACGCUGCUGGAGCGGCCGGUGCACACGGGGGCGACGGACACGACGGCUUUCAACGCGCAGCUGGGCGACCUGAUGAACGCCACGCAGGACUCGUGCCGGGAGCUGUACGAGUGCAGCUGCCCCGAGAUUGACACCAUCUGCCGCGUCGCCCGGGCGGCGGGCGCGUACGGCUCGCGCCUGACGGGGGCGGGCUGGGGGGGAUGCAGCGUGCACCUGGUGCCGGCGGACAAGGUCGGGGCGGUGCAGGCGGCGCUGGAGCGCGAGUACUACGGGCAGAUGGAUCUCACCGAGGAGCAGAAGACGCAGGCGGUGGUUGUGAGUCGGCCCGGGCAUGGAAGUGCCAUCUACAAGGCUGAGGGCGUGGUAUAGGCUGUACGUACCUGAUCAUGAAUGAGUAACACGGGCCUGUCAUGGAAUUGGGCGGCGUGCUGUGAUUGAGUUGGCGCUAUUGUUGUGUAAGCGUUUGUGUCAGCGGAAUGCAAGAUGGGCCACUGUGCCGUGCCGGAUAGUAGUACUAAUUAAUAAAAGUACUAAUCAAGUAAUGACAGGCCGG